UGCGAUCCAGACUCGUACGACUGCAAGGAAAUUUGCGUCUUUGUUGAGACGGGCGGCACGGUUACACGAUGUACCCGGUUACUGGAACUUCGACUUGCAAGGGCCGAAACGGGCGAAUGCUUUUGUCGCCGCCUAUCACCUCCUUGUGCUUUAUAUCUGCCGCCGUCGUUGCUGUUUUUUCGACCUUACCAGGCGCGUUCGCCCAGGACACACACAUCGUUUUCGUCUACGGAACGCUGAAGGUUGGCGAGAUGAACCACGACGUCUUGACGGACCCGGAUAACGGAAUGGCGUCUCUGGUUGGAGAAGCCAUAACUACUGACAAGUGGCCCCUCGUGAUUUGGCCAUCUUCCAGCGUACCCUACAUGGUGGACCUAAAGGGCGAAGGAUACAGGGUAGCUGGUGAAGUCUACACGGUCGACGACAAGAUGUUUGCAAAGUUGGACGAGGUCGAAUCCGUUCCCGAGAGCUACUACCGCAAAAUGGUGGAUGUAGAGCUUUUAACGGGCCACCAUGACGACAGCGAUGGACCCUUCAAGGCUUGGAACUACUUUGCGGCACAAAACAGUGAAGAACUGCUACAGUUGCCUUUCAUAUCCAACUAUACGGCCGAAUGAGGCGGUGCGACUUCAGUAUAUGUGCUCAGGUGCCAAAGGGAAUGGAUGUUUUCGAGUGGUGUUUUCGUGCCAUAGUAAUGACCCGGUAAAAGAAGGGAGCUUUCUUUCUUUCUUUUUUUCUCCGUGGCAACAAAAAUGUCAUGUUUAAUUUUAAUUGCUCAUUGCUUUUAUUACAACAUCUGGCGGUCUACGGGUAUAGGCUAUGUGAGUGAGCGAUGUCGUUGAGCAAACUGCGAGGGUUCUGGUGGCCUCUUUAGAAUGUAGGUUGAAACUGCGCGAAAAACGAGGUCAGCGACAGAAACACACAACACACCACGAGCGCGAAACACUGUUGAGUGUUUCGAGUGUUUCUUUCGCUGUCCUCGUUUUUCGCGCAGUUCUAACCUACCUUCAAGUAAGAAUCAACUAGCCCUCAAGAACGUAAUUCUUUAGAAUGGCUUGCCUGAUUUUAUCGGAUCACGGGAAUGACCUUUGAUACCGUAAAAUAAAAGUGUGUUGGGUUCUUAUAAAGAGGACUCAUUGUUUA